GGAGACACCAAAAUAUAUUAAAAGGCUCUUUAUAAAAAAAAUUCGCUCUUCUUUGAAAAAUGAGUCUCCACCAAAUGGCUAUCUCUCCUCCUUUUCUUUUAUCUUCUCGCUCUGCUUACACCCUCAACCCUCUUCUCUUUGCCAAACAUCGCCGUUUUUGCUUUCCUCUCUCUCAGUCUCGUUUCAGUUCGAUAAAGCGUCGGAGCUUUGCUGUUGUUGCAUCAGAGAAUGGCGUUUUCACUUCUCCAGAGUUGGCAAAGUCUUUUGAUUUUACUUCAGAGGAGCGGAUAUACAAUUGGUGGCAGUCUCAAGGGUAUUUCAGGCCAAAAUUUGACCGGGGAAGUGAUCCUUUUGUCAUAUCAAUGCCACCACCUAAUGUUACUGGCUCUCUGCACAUGGGACAUGCAAUGUUUGUGACUCUUGAGGAUAUCAUGGUUAGGUACCAUCGCAUGAGGGGAAGACCAACACUUUGGCUUCCUGGGACUGAUCAUGCUGGUAUUGCGACUCAGUUGGUUGUGGAAAGAAUGUUGGCGUCUGAAGGAAUAAAAAGGGCAGAACUGGGCAGAGAUGAAUUUGCAAAACGAGUUUGGGAGUGGAAAGAGAAGUAUGGUGGGACCAUUACAAAUCAGAUUAAAAGACUUGGGGCUUCUUGUGAUUGGACUAGAGAAAGGUUCACCCUUGAUGAGCAGCUAAGUCGAGCUGUUGUUGAGGCGUUUGUUAAACUUCAUGAAAAAGGUUUAAUCUAUCAAGGGUCUUAUAUGGUUAACUGGUCUCCCAAGUUACAGACUGCUGUUUCAGACUUGGAAGUAGAAUAUUCUGAAGAGCCUGGUGCCCUAUAUUAUAUUAAGUAUCGAGUUGCUGGAGGUUCAAGGAGUGAUUUCUUGACAAUAGCAACGACGCGGCCUGAAACUUUGUUUGGUGAUGUAGCUAUUGCUGUGCAUCCUCAGGAUGAGCGAUAUUCCAAGUAUGUUGGUCAAAUGGCAAUUGUUCCUAUGACAUAUGGUCGUCAUGUUCCCAUUAUCUCUGAUAAGUUUGUUGAUAAAGACUUUGGGACAGGUGUGCUGAAGAUAAGCCCUGGCCAUGAUCAUAAUGAUUAUCUUCUAGCUAGAAAGCUUGGUCUUCCAAUUCUUAAUGUUAUGAACAAGGAUGGAACACUAAAUGAGGUUGCCGGACUGUACUGUGGUCUUGAUCGGUUUGAGGCACGGAAGAAAUUGUGGUGCGAACUUGAGGAGACUGACUUAGCUGUGAAAAAGGAACCUUACACUUUACGAGUACCAAGAUCCCAGCGUGGUGGAGAGGUAAUAGAGCCAUUAGUUAGCAAGCAAUGGUUUGUAACAAUGGAGCCCUUGGCUGAAAAGGCCCUUCGUGCAGUUGAAAAGGGAGAACUGACGAUUAUGCCUGAAAGAUUUGAGAAGAUUUAUAAUCAUUGGCUAUCAAAUAUAAAGGAUUGGUGCAUAAGCAGACAGCUGUGGUGGGGACACCGCAUACCUGUUUGGUACAUUGUUGGAAAAGACUGUGAAGAGGAAUAUAUAGUUGCUAGGAGUGCUGAGGAAGCACUUAUAAAGGCUUGUGAUAAAUAUGGCAAAGAAAUAGAAAUAUAUCAGGAUCCAGAUGUUCUUGACACUUGGUUCUCAAGUGCACUAUGGCCUUUCAGUACUCUUGGGUGGCCAGAUGUGUCAGCAGAGGAUUUUAAAAGGUUUUAUCCAACAACAAUGCUUGAAACUGGGCAUGAUAUAUUGUUCUUUUGGGUUGCAAGAAUGGUUAUGAUGGGAAUUGAAUUCACAGGAACUGUUCCAUUUUCGUAUGUAUAUCUUCAUGGACUUAUCCGCGACUCAGAAGGGCGUAAAAUGUCUAAAACUCUUGGGAAUGUUAUUGAUCCCCUUGAUACUAUCGAGGAGUUUGGCACUGAUGCCUUGCGAUUCACUCUUGCUUUAGGAACUGCUGGUCAGGACCUUAAUUUAUCUACUGAGAGGCUAACAGCAAACAAAGCCUUCACAAACAAAUUGUGGAAUGCUGGCAAAUUUGUGCUGCAGAAUCUUCCUGAUCGGGAUAAUGUUUCUGGUUGGCAGACUAUACAGGCAUAUAAGUUUGACAUGGAGGAGUCUCUUUUAAGGCUUCCGCUUUCAGAAUGUUGGGUGGUCUCAAAACUGCAUUUGCUUAUUGAUGCAGUCACUGAGAGUUAUAACAAGUUUUUCUUUGGGGAAGUUGGAAGAGAAACGUAUGAUUUCAUUUGGGGUGAUUUUGCUGACUGGUAUGUUGAAUGCAUUUAUGAGUAUAUUGAAGCGAGUAAAGCUCGCCUUUACCACUCUGGAGAUGAUUCAGUUGCUUUAGUAGCACAGGCUGUUCUACUUUAUGUGUUUGAGAGUAUACUGAAACUAUUACAUCCAUUCAUGCCAUUUGUAACUGAGGAGCUGUGGCAGGCACUUCCCAAUCGGAAAGAAGCUCUUAUAAUAUCUUCUUGGCCACAAAUUUCUCUUCCCAGGAACACUACUUUGGUAAAAAGAUUUGAAAAUUUACAAGCUCUGACUCGAGCAAUCCGGAAUGCUAGAGCUGAGUAUUCUGUUGAGCCAGCAAAGCGUAUAUCUGCUUCUAUUGUUGCCAGUGAAGAAGUCAUUCAGUAUAUAUCUGAAGAGAAGGAGGUUUUGGCUCUCUUAUCCAGGCUAGAUUUAGACAAUAUCCAUUUCACUGAUUCUCCUCCAGGGGAUGCUAAACAAUCAGUUCACCUUGUUGCAAGUGAAGGACUAGAGGCAUAUCUGCCCCUCACUGAUAUGGUUGAUAUUUCUGCUGAAGUCCAACGCCUUUCCAAGCGCCUAUCUAAGAUGCAAACAGAGUAUGAGGGACUUAAAGCUCGUCUCAAGUCCCCUAAAUUCAUAGAGAAAGCUCCUGAGGAUAUUGUCCGUGGGGUUCAGCAAAAAGCAGCAGAAGCAGAAGAGAAGAUUAAUUUGACCAAAAACCGUUUGGAUUUCCUCAAAUCAACUGUUUUGGUUUCACAAUAGGCUCCAUCCCUGAUUUGGUCAUUUCUUUGUCCCCAGAAGCUAUACAUUCUGCUGGAUUGAUUGUCACUGUUUUUUGCCAUAACAAGCUCCGCUUCUGCAGAUUCAGCCUUGUCACGCUUAACAGAUUUUGCAUUUUGAUCGGCAGAUCCUCGUGAAAUGCAUUAUUCUGGAAGCUACAUAUCAGCAAUCUGACUGGUUGCACAAUAGACAUGGUCCAAAAAGUUGUGCACGAAUCACACCUCUCACGUAUGCAGAUUAAAAGGUUGAAGCACUCCAUGAAUUGAGAUGUGCAUUUUUACAACUGAUAAGAGUCUUAGUUUUGCCUGCUGCCAUGAGUUUUUGCCUCCUCGAAUUAUCAUGUUGAAAAACUGCUUAAUUCUACAUUCAAACAUUUCCUCGUGAAUUACACUUGGAUUCAAUCAUUGGGCUCAAUAUAUUUAGAUACAUCAUUUUAGCGUUUGUCGAAA